UGGGGACUGGGAGACACAGAGUCAACCCAUUCGCUUCUAAUCUGCACAAGGAAUUAAAUCCUGCUCGGGGGUUAACUCCUCACACUCCUCCCUGAGCUCCGGCUGCUCCACUGUUUCACUGGGUAAAUUCACAGCCGCACCAGCUGGGGCAUCAGAACCACUGGCGCCACCGAGUGUGAGAGGCUCUGAGAGACAGAUGGGGUGUCGGCUGGGACUUCCAGGCAGAGGCAAUGAGCGGUGAGAUGGGAGUGUGAGGUCUCUGGGGGUCCCUGAGUGAACAUGAACCAACUCCAGCCUCUACAAGUUACACUGCAUUCUGUGCGCAGGGAUAAAGCCGGGGGGGGUCCCCUUAUACCCCAACCCUUCCUACAGCCUGGGGCAGCUCCUCCUGAAGGGUCAUGAUGUCCUGAUGGUGGAGAAUCCAGGCAGGAGCAGAGAAGAUGUCUGGAGAAGAUACAAGGGGCAUUUGGUGGCAGCUAUUUGCCAGCAUACCUACACAAGGUGUGUCGGGACUGACGAGCAUCUCAUGUACCGUUGUGCUUUCCCUGCCCCCUGCGAGCAACAAACAUGCUGAUACAGGUCCAGCCGAGCCAACUGCCAGAUUCCCAUCUAUCUCUGCACAGCGCCAAACCCUCCUGUCACCACCAGAACCUUCUGCCAUCUGAAUUCAUGACUGAGAGACCCUUAAUUACAACUGAACAAAACUUAACCACUCUUAACCAUACAGAGAAGGAUGAUUGUGGAAAGGAGAUCUUGCUUUAUGGCGAUACGGAGAAAAUAGUCAUUGGAGUCGUGUUGUCCAUCAUAACUUUGUUUACAAUUGCCGGCAAUGCCUUGGUCAUUAUCUCGGUCUGCAUAGUCAAAAAACUCAGGCAGCCUUCCAACUACCUGGUGGUUUCCUUGGCAGCGGCUGAUCUCUCCGUGGCGGUGGCUGUUAUGCCUUUUGUCAUCAUCACGGACCUGGUUGGGGGAGAAUGGCUCUUUGGAAAAGUCUUUUGCAAUGUGUUCAUUGCCAUGGAUGUAAUGUGCUGUACGGCUUCCAUCAUGACCUUGUGCGUCAUCAGCGUGGACAGAUACCUCGGCAUAACUCGCCCUUUAACGUAUCCUGCCAGGCAGAAUGGGAAACUCAUGGCUAAGAUGGUAUUCAUUGUCUGGCUUCUCUCCGCUUCCAUCACCCUCCCGCCAUUAUUUGGUUGGGCGAAAAACGUAAAUAUAGAAAAGGUGUGUCUGAUAAGCCAAGACUUUGGAUAUACCGUCUACUCCACGGCGGUGGCCUUUUACAUCCCCAUGACGGUCAUGCUCAUCAUGUACCAGAGGAUAUUCGUGGCCGCUAAGAUCAGUGCCGAGAAGCACAAGUUUGUGAACAUCCCGCGGCUUUACGAACAAGAAGGAAUAUACUGCCUGGAAGAGAAGCUCCCUCCUAAGAAGAAUUCCAAAAAGAACAAAGCAGUGGAAGAGUUUGCAACCUUGUCCAAGCUCAUCCGCCAAGAUCGGAAAAAUAUCUCCAUCUUCAAACGAGAGCAGAAAGCGGCUCGGACUCUGGGGAUUAUAGUCGGGGCCUUCACCUUCUGCUGGUUGCCCUUCUUCUUGUUGUCCACAGCUCGGCCGUUCAUCUGUGGCAUCAUGUGCAGCUGCAUGCCCCUCAGGCUGGAGAGGACUCUGCUGUGGCUCGGCUACACCAACUCUCUCAUAAACCCCUUGAUCUAUGCCUUCUUCAACAGGGACUUGAGAACUACUUUUUGGAACCUCCUGAGAUGCAAAUACACCAACAUCAACCGGAGGCUUUCUGCGGCUAGCAUGCACGAAGCGCUGAAGGUCACAGAGAGGCACGAGGGGAUCCUGUAGCCCAUGGACAUGACUGGGAACAUGUGAAGGAUCUUGCCUACAACAAUAUCCCCCCACUCAGGGUUGGACUGGGACUGCCACCCCAGGGGUUCUCCACAUACCCACAGGGGCCCCCUCUGCUCGCACACCCCCUCCCCCCGAGUGCACAUAUAUGAUACUUACCCACAGGGGCGCCAUCAGAAAUCAUGGGGCCCCUCACAACAAAAUUUUCCCCCCUCCUCCCAAACCCUGCCCCCCAAUGCUCCCUCCCAUCAGUACAAUGGACACACAGACAUUGAUAGCCAGGGCCCCCUAAAACAUUGGUAGCCAGGGC